AUGGCGAGCACUGUCAUCUUUGCAACUAUUCUACUGGUGGUGGCUGUGAACUGUGACGUAUGUUACCGUGGUUGGGAAUACAACGAAGGGUCAUGCUAUGGAUUCAGUGAUACACAAGUGUCAUGGGCGGAGGCUGCGAGAGUUUGUCAAAUCUUCAAUGGUAAUCUUGCCGAAAUAGACUCAGAGGAAGAAAACGAUUUUGUCAAAGAGUUUCUUCAAUCGAGAGGAGGGCCUGAAAAGGUGUGGAUUGGCGCUACCGAUAUAUUUAAUGAGGGCACAUUUGAGUGGUUGUCCAAUGGAGGACGACCUUUAAACUUCACCGACUGGCAGCGUGGACAACCCACAGACGGGGGCAGCCACGGCCAAGACUGUCUAGACCUGAUUGAGAAAAACAACUAUACAUGGGCCGAUGAUUCGUGCACUUCACAGUACAAUUUUAUCUGUGAGAUUCCCCCAAUUGAGGAGGAAUCAUUCGUAUUUUGA